CUUUGUUCUUCUGCCUGCCUGCCUGUCCGUCAGCUCAAACGACCCUUUGUCUUCCACCUGUACAAGAAAAUGACCUCUGGUACCGCCAGUCAGCACCGGCUCCUCGGAGCGGACACAAGCUUGCCCGUCCUGGACCCCAGGCAAAAUCCCUUUCACCACGACUCAGACAUCUUCACGAUCGUUUGUUGGAACAAUACCUUCCAGCUCUCCCUCGCCCUGGAGGACGUCGAUGCCCUCCUCCUCGUUUGCAAGCAAGCCGAGCGUCUUGCCAGCUCCCGGAUUCUCCGUGUCCGUCGGUGGUUCAUGCGAAACGGGCUCACGUUCAUGAGCCAAUCGAUCUUUGGCCACAACAUCUGUGCAGACGUUUACGCUGUCGUCCGCCACUACUCCGAUCAAGCUGCCGACGAUCUUUCCUGGCUCAACGCUCAAGCAGACCAAGGAAACGCCUCCGCUUCCUACCUUCUGGCUCGCCUUUUCAUCGAGACGAUUGACCCAAUGUCGCCUCCUGGAUGGGGUAACAAAGUGGAGCGUGCAAUCUUCCGAAGACUGGUGCAAGCGACCGAUGCUGGCCAUAUUAUGGCCCAAUUCCACCUGGCCAAGUGCUACCAGGGGAACCAUGGAGUCGGCCGGGACGACACCAAGGCCAUCGCCAUCUAUAGGAAGCUUGCCGCAGCCGGUCUGGUUCAAGCUCAAGUUGCCCUCGGAAGCUGCUACGAGCAGGGUGAGGGUAGAGCAGUGCAAAUCUUGCAAGGGCUCGCUAAUGAUGGUCACAGUGACAGCCAGAACCUACUCGGCCGGUGCUACUCCUCCGGAACUGGUGUUGCUGCCAGCCAACAGCAAGCAUUCGAGUGGUUCCUGAGGUCCGCUGCCCUGGGCAACUCCUACGCCGAGCACCAAGUCGGACUAUGCUACCUAUGGGGCAACUGGGCGGACCGAGACCAUGUCGAAGCAUUCCAAUGGUUCCGUAAGUCAGCCUGGCAGGGAAAUCGUUACGGUCAGUAUCGUUUUGGCAUCUGCUACUGGUAUGGCCAAGGUGUCGCAAGAGAUCAAGACGAAGCCACCAAUUGGUUCCUCGAGUCCGCUGUGCAGGGACACGAAGAGGCCAGGAAGCGAAUCAAUUGAAGUCAGUGAACGAAGUAUUCAGUAUAUCCCAUCUCUGUGGUGCUCGUGGUUGGAGUCAGUC